GUACAUCGGCUUCCAAAAAGGACGUAGCUUGCUGAGCUGGGAGGUAGCAAGUUAGCUUAGAAAAGAUGCUGUCAGUUUUAUCUAAUGUGCUGAGGACGUGUGCUCAAAAGAAUGGUGCUGCAGUGGUCGUGUCAGCAAGGGCAUACGCCGACUUCACAACUCAGGCUACCUUUGAAAUAAAGAAAUGCGACCUCCACAAACUGGAUGAGGGCCCGGCCACUCAGGUGGUGAUGACUCGGGAUGAGGGCCUGCAGUACUAUCGCACUAUGCAGACGAUGAGACGAAUGGAGCUGAAGGCCGAUCAGCUGUACAAGCAGAAGAUCAUCAGAGGCUUCUGUCACUUGUAUGACGGCCAGGAGGCCUGCGCUGUUGGUAUCGAAGCAGCGAUUAAUUUAUCCGACCACCUGAUUACGGCCUACCGCGCCCACGGGUACACUUUCACGAGGGGAGGCACUGUGAAGGAAAUCAUGGCUGAGCUCACGGGGCGAAGAGGUGGUAUUACAAAGGGCAAGGGAGGUUCCAUGCACAUGUACUCUAAACAUUUCUAUGGUGGAAAUGGCAUUGUUGGAGCACAGGUUCCAUUGGGUGCUGGCGUGGCUCUGGCUUGCAACUAUCUUGGCAACCAACAGUUAUGCGUCUGUCUUUAUGGUGAUGGUGCUGCCAAUCAGGGUCAAAUCUUUGAGACGUACAACAUGGCCGCACUUUGGAAGCUGCCCAUCAUCUUUGUUUGUGAAAACAACAGGUAUGGCAUGGGCACGUCAGUGGAGCGUGCAGCAGCCAGCACGGACUACUACAAGAGAGGCGACUACAUCCCUGGUCUCAGGGUGGAUGGGAUGGAUAUCCUGUGUGUUAGGGAAGCAACUCGGUUUGCAGCUGACAUGUGCCGAGCUGGGAAAGGUCCUGUUCUGAUGGAACUUCAGACGUACCGCUAUCACGGUCACAGUAUGAGUGAUCCUGGUGUCAGCUACCGCACACGCGAGGAGAUCAAGGAAGUGCGCAGUAAAAGCGACCCCAUCUCCUUGCUGAAGGACCGAAUGCUCAGCAACAACAUGGCCAGCGUGGAGGAGCUCAAGGAGAUUGACGUCGAAGUGAGGAAGGAAAUCGAAGACGCUGCCCAAUUUGCCACCACAGAUCCUGAACCGCCACUGGAAGAUCUGUGCAACCACAUAUUUCACAACGAUCCACCGCUGGAGGUGCGUGGCACCAACCCAUGGACCAAGCUGAAGUCUGUCAGUUAAAUAAUUUUUUUCACCUACUCCACUCUUAAUAUAAAAAUUACUCUUCUGCCCCAAAGCAAACUCUGUGAUAUGAUAGCUAUUAAAGUCACACCUUAGACUAACAACCUAAAGUCUCAGCAACUUGUUUUAGAUGCAGUGCGUAUUUUACACCUGGGGUUCUUAUAGUAAAAGUACAAGAUGUGGCUGCAGUCCUAUACAUUCAUUUACCAUUUAUUUGGCACUCAUAUUUAGAAAUGUUUGUAGGAAAAAGCAACCCGGCAAUAAACUUCAAGAGGAUUAUUCAGUUAAUCUGCCAUGAUUAUUUAUACAUAUUUGAUCACCUAGUACUUGGUUAGAGGUUAUAUAAAAUAUUGAAAUUCCCUCUCAGUUAAGUACUUGGGAGGCAUACUCUAGGUAAUCUCUGGGCCACAAAUGGCGGCAGUGUAAGACAAAUGUUGUCCAUUGUUUUAAUUUGUAUUGCCUGUCAGGUGUGUUCUUUCAAAAAUUAUGUUAUGCAAGUGUCACACUCCAUAACAGGCAGCUAAUAAACUGUGCUGACUCAGUCAUUAUGUCACAUUUAAAACAAAGUAGAAGUCAACGUCUUGUUCGUCUUUUCUCAAUAAUGUGAGAAGUAUUUUGCCAAAAAAAACAAAUGUAGAAUGUCCAUACCUGUUUUGAUUCAUCUUAAAAUGUUCAUCUGCCACUGAUAACUGUUACAUUGCGAGAAAGAUGAUGAUUCAAGGAAAUGUGGUCUUUUAUGAACAUGUAGUAAACUAUCUGAAAUCCUC